AUGGGUUGCGGAAUGAGCACCGAGGAGAAGGAGGGGAAGCAGAGGAAUGAGGAGAUUGAGAAUCAGCUCAGACGCGACAAGAUGCAGCAGCGCAACGAGAUCAAGAUGCUGUUGCUUGGCGCUGGUGAAUCCGGCAAGUCUACCAUCCUGAAGCAGAUGAAGCUCAUCAACGAGGGUGGCUACUCUCGCGACGAACGCGAGUCCUUCAGGGAGAUCAUCUUCAGCAACACGGUCCAGUCGAUGCGUGUCAUUCUCGAAGCCAUGGAGUCGCUCGAGGUGCCCCUUGAGGACCAGCGUGCCGAAUACCAUGUCCAGACCAUCUUCAUGCAGCCCGCGCAAAUUGAAGGCGACAGCUUGCCCCCGGAGGUCGGCAAUGCCAUCUCCGUGCUCUGGAAGGACGCCGGAGUGCAGCAAUGCUUCCAGCGGUCUCGCGAGUACCAGCUCAAUGACUCUGCCAAAUAUUACUUCGAUUCCAUCGACCGUAUCGCCGCGCCGGAUUAUAUUCCCAAUGACCAGGAUGUCCUUCGCUCUCGUGUCAAGACCACCGGUAUCACCGAAACCACCUUCAUCAUCGGAGACCUCACAUACCGCAUGUUCGACGUCGGUGGCCAGCGUUCGGAACGGAAGAAGUGGAUACACUGCUUCGAGAACGUCACCACCAUCCUCUUCCUGGUCGCUAUCUCAGAGUACGAUCAGCUGCUGUUCGAGGACGAGACCGUGAAUCGUAUGCAAGAAGCUCUCACGCUCUUCGACUCCAUCUGCAACUCGCGAUGGUUCGUGAAGACAUCCAUCAUCCUGUUCUUGAACAAGAUCGACAGGUUCAAGGAGAAGCUCCCUGUGAGCCCCAUGAAGAACUACUUCCCCGACUACGAAGGUGGUGCCGAUUAUGCUGCCGCGUGCGACUACAUUCUCAACCGAUUCGUGUCCCUGAACCAACACGAGACCAAGCAGAUCUACACCCAUUUCACCUGCGCCACCGACACAAUGCAGAUCCGCUUCGUUAUGGCUGCAGUCAACGAUAUCAUAAUCCAAGAGAACCUUCGUCUGUGCGGUCUGAUAUAA